UAUUUCAAACUGUAACGUACUUACGUACGUUACAGUUUAGGUCCUCUUUUAUCGCCAAGUGGCAAGGAUAAAAAAAAAAAAAAAUUGCCAAAAUGGAGGUCAGAUGUUUAUGUUUUCAUUUAAGAACAGGUUAGCUAUCUUAGUUCUUGCACAUAAACUUAUUUACCUUCAUGUUGGAGGUACACAAAAACUGAAUUUGACAAUGUGAGUCUGGCUGUUGAGUCGAUAAUAAAUAUAAUAAAAUGAUAUGUUAAAUGCAGUUAUUGAACAAAUUAUGUUCAUCUGAGCAAGUUGUGGAGCAUGGUCCAACAUAAAGGUAAAUAAGUUAAGGCAAAUAUUUUAUGUGCAUGCAUUAAGCUAGCUAAACUAGCUAAUCUGUUCUAAAAUAAAUAAUAUUAUUUUAGGCCUGUAUUUAUAUGACUAGAUUACUCUCUGUAACUUAGCCUUUACAAUCAAGCCCAAAAUGUACCUAAUAGCAAUCAUAAGAACAAUAGUGGUGUAAAUAAAUCAAUGAAAGUAAGCCAUACAUGUUAUAGAUGUGAAAAUGUUAUUUUAAUGUUGUAUUGUUUAUUAAACAAAGAAAAAAAUUAAAACUUUGCCAGGGUAUGGCUGCACAUACAAAAUGUAAAUAGGUAGAUAAACAUAUAGUUUUAGCUUGUUCUUAAUCUGUCAUUUGAUAGAAGCAUAUUGGAUUUCAGUUGCAGCGCUGUGCACCCCCUCAUGAAUAAGAUAUACUUGCCUUGUUGUCUUGUCUUUCCACAAAGUGUAUUCUAACAGAGCCUCAGACUCAAGGCCUUUAGCUUGCCUGCGAGUUGCAGCAGACAUUUACCCUGGCCCUCAAGUUAUUUUUCAACUUCUCGUACCCAUAGUGCCUUGGAAUUUGAUUGGUGAUUGUUAGCAUGCCAUGUGUGUAAUGUGAACUGACCCUGUUGCUUUGAGAAAAACAACUACAGCUGGGCAGUGGAGUUGUAGGAGAAGGAUGGCCAGGUGUAGCGACAAGGAGAAGGAUGAGGAGGAGGAGAACUACGAUGGGCCAGAAACAAAGAGUAGCAAAGGGGAAAGGCACGUAUCUUUCCCGCCGGAUGAAAAGAUGGUGUCCGGCUUCGCGGAAUACACAGAUAGACAUGUUGACAGCUGCCUCACCUUGACAGAGGUAAGCCUGGCCUACCGCAGGAGCUGUGACAGACACCAGGUGGAGCCCAGAGUGUGCAUUCUGGAGCAGCUCAAGAUGGGGACUUGUGUAAGGGGAAGGAUGAAACGUCUGGAUCUGGGAGGUGAGCGAUUAGACCUGGGUUCCUGCGAGGCACUGGAAGUCGUUCUUAAAUCGCUAUGCUUUGAUUUCAUCAAUCUCCGCGCGGCCCGACUAGAGGAAAAUGGAGCGUCAUCCUUGUUGGAUAUGAUUUCAUACUAUGAAUCCACGGCGUACCUUGACCUGUCUGACAACACCCAUGUGGGGACGUCCGCCUGGAGGGCCCUCGCUCAUUUGAUAAAGCAGAGUGUGUGUCUGUCCAGGCUGGACCUGUGCAGCGUGUCCAUGGUGGCCCACGGGGCCAGGACGCUGUCUAAAGCUCUGCAGACCAGCCACCUGGCCGUCCUGCACCUCGACAACUCCCAGCUCAGCGGCACUCCCCUCUUCUCCCUGGUGGGCGCGUUGAAGUCAAACCGAGCCCUGCUGGAGCUCCAUCUCUCCAACAACAUGCUCAACAGCUACCAGGACUCCAUGCAGCUGGGGGACCUUCUCAGAUACAACCAUACCCUGCAGACACUGGUGCUCAGCGACAACGCCAUAGCAGACGACGGUCUGGAGGAGGUGUGCGAGGGCCUGAGACUGCAGAUGGGCGGUCUGAAGGUGUUGCUGCUUAAAAACAACCAGAUCACCGCUGAUGGCAUGCUCCAUCUGGCCAAGGCCCUGCCUGUGCUUGAGACCCUGGAGGUGUUGGAUAUGGGAAACAACAGCCUGGGAAACAGAGGGCUACAAACACUGAAAGAGGCUCUGAUGGCCAACCGCUCCCUGCUGCACCUUGGCGUGGCCUGCACCCAGAUCACCUGCGAGGGUGCUGUGGUCUUGGCUGAGUACCUGGCGGAGAGCCCCCAGAUCAAGCAACUGGAUCUGCAGGGCAACGAGGUGAGGCUGGGGGGCCUCAUGGCCCUCUGUCUGGCCCUGAGGAUCAACCUCUCUCUGGCCACGCUGGAUCUGGACAGCACGCCCAACCAAGAGCAGGACGAGUUCCUGGUGCAGACUCAGAAACGGCUGCGCUCGGAGAUUGGUGAACUAUGCCUGGCCAAUGGCAGCCGAGCCGCAGUCGCCACGGAAACCGCAGAGUCACCACCGGGGGAGCCUCCCGAGGGGCCCGUUGAGGAUGUCGUAUCGUGACGGGGAUGAAACAGAAGGACCCACACACGCACACGCACACACCCCGGUCCCAGUGCCCCCCCGGCCCUAAGCAGCUGACGAGCGGGUCUAUGUGGAAAAUAAUAAUAAUUCCAUUGCAGAUAAUGAUAACCAUAAAACUCCAAAUCCGGGCUAUAAAAGACAGACCACAGCUCCCUAAUGAAGCUGCGCCCCCCUCCACGCACACACACACUCCCCCUCGCUUAAUGUCCCUGCUGAGGGCCCCUUGCGCAAUUUUACCGUCAAGCAAUUUUGCAAGCCCCCUUCGAGUGGGAAUCACCUCAGAAUUAAGAACUACCCCAACCCUCUUCCUCUACCACCUCGCCACGGUAGGAGUGUGUAUCUGGGAGGAGGGCUGGUCAUUUUGUGUAGAGUGCAGAGUAAGUGUGUGUGUGUGUAGGUUGCAUACAGUACCACCUUCCAAAAAAAUUAUUCACAUUGUAGCAUGCGAUGGUGACGACGUAGAACACGCAACAUCCACUUGUACUUGUACUUGUCAGCCAUAGCCUUGAAAAACAGCUUCACAGCUCCCCAACACAACAUUGACCUUGACUGGUCCUUAGACAACAAGGUUGUGUACAUGUUUUAGUGUGCAUCAGCAUCAUAUGCUCUUAGAGUUUGUGUAAACGCGGGUUAUCUCUAUGACGGUCUCUCUUUUGCACAUGAAAACGCCUUGAGGAUGCAGAGUUUGUAGUUCAGCUUUUGUUUAGUUUGACGAGAAAGGUUAGUGCAGGGUACCACACCACAGUUGUAAUAAGUGUUUUUACCAAAUGUGUUUAGUAUUGGUUCAUGUUAAACAUUCGAUGAAGUCUCACUCAGUGACAUCCAUGAUAUUAUGUAUUAUUUUGGGUCCUCACCUUGUUUUAUCCAAUACAAAUAAAAUGUGAUUCUUUGUUUGAUAACGGAUAAUUUUUCCACUA